AUGAACCCUCUCAGCACGAAACCCACAUAUCUCAACUAUCGCGCAUCUUCAAGCGGCACAGGUAUCCCCUCGGGCAUCCGUACCAGCAGUCCCAGUACAUCAGCGUCGGCUCCCAUGCUCAAUAGGCUACCGUCGGCCAACUCGACUCUGUCCAGCAAUCCCAACGGCAGCAGCAUCAUCCUUUACGUGCCCAAUAUCGCCUCGUCUGCACUGUCUCAGCAUCUUUCUGUCCUUUUGUCCACCCACCGUAUCGCUGCUGUACACCUGAUUGGAGGCCGCGAUGUCAUACUCAGGAAUCUGCGUACGGAAAUCUAUACUCUGGCUGGAAGAAUGCGAAGCGAUGUUCAAGUGUCUAUCUCGGUGACGGAAAACGCAAAGGGGCUUGAGAUUGCCGUCAGGGAUAUAGGCGCCAGGAAGCAGAAGGUUUUGGGUGCUCUUGUCUGCGAGUGUGACGAACAAUCAGAAGAAGGAGAACAAGAGAAGGACAUCUUGACACUCGAGACGGAUGAGCUUGACGCUAUCUGGAAGACAUCAGUGCUUCCACUACACACUCUUCUCCGCAGCCUACUGCCUCUGUUCGCCGACACCACCACUGCCACGACCACCGCCCACCCCUCAGCCAUGCCGUUCAUCUACCUCGAUACCCCCAGUCACCUCUCGACCUUCGCAACGACCUCCCGGGCCGCCCUCUUAUCCUCCCUUACAUCCUCGCCCGCCACGAAAAACAUCACAAUCGGUCCUGCCGCUGAAUACCUCGUGCCAGCACCCGUCCUCUCGGAAACACAGAGCAUGAGAAGCCUGCAAAUCGACACGAGCAACGGAAACGGAUACUCGGCCACCACACCAGAGACUAGCCCGCUCUUCAGUGCCGAGAGCCCGACGAAACUCUGGGCCAGCUGGGCUGCUCAGUACGAGUAA